CAUUAUUGGUUGAAGAAAGUGAUGAGUUGGGUGACGUCACAUCCGACAAUUGCUUUAUAUCUAGUCCUUCUCUCAUGCUGAAAAUGAUGAUGAUAUAAGUAUAUGUUCUGUUCUCUUUAUAUACAGUUUAGGGACUAUUUUGUUGUUUUUCAUCAAUAAAUUUUCCGAACCGGGACAAUGUCACGAACUUGGUUGUUGACUUGUGAAACAAACAAGUUUAUAGUAAUUAAUCAUCACUGAAUGUUCAAAGAUUCAAGCUUUCAUCUAUUGACUCGUUAAACAAACAUCUUUCUUGUUUUAUACAAACAAGAGAAGGAAAGUGGUUGAACAAUUCCAAAGUAAAAGCAAAAGAAAAUGAAGGCUAUUGUAAUAACAACACCAGGUGGACCUGAAGUUCUACAACUUCAAGAGGUUCAAGACCCUCAACCUAAAGACAAUGAAGUACUCAUCAGAGUCCAUGCCACUGCCCUUAACAGUGCCGACACCGUUCAGAGGAAAGGCUUUUACCCUAUCCCUCAAGGUGCAAGCCCCUAUCCAGGUCUUGAAUGUUCCGGAACUAUUGUAUGCGUUGGUAUAAACGUUUCCAAGUGGAAAAUUGGUGAUCAGGUAUGUGCUCUUCUAGCUGGAGGUGGUUAUGCUGAGAAAGUAGCAGUUCCUGAGGGACAAGUUCUUCCGGUUCCACCUGGGAUUUCUCUGAAGGAUGCAGCUAGUUUUACUGAGGUUGCAUGUACUGUGUGGUCGACUAUUUUUAUGACGAGCCGGCUAUCUAAGGGGGAAACCUUAUUGGUUCAUGGAGGUUCAAGUGGAAUUGGAACAUUUGCAAUUCAGAUAGCUAAGUACCAAGGAUCAAAAGUAUUUGUUACUGCAGGUAGUGAGGAGAAGCUAGCUUUUUGCAAGAGUAUUGGAGCUGAUGUUGGUAUCAAUUACAAAACAGAGGACUUUGUGGCAAGGGUAAAGGAAGAAACUGGCGGACAAGGUGUUGAUGUUAUUCUUGAUUGUAUGGGAGCAUCCUACUAUCAAAGAAAUCUUGCUAGCUUAAAUUUUGAUGGAAGGCUUUUUAUUAUCGGAUUUCAAGGAGGUGUUUCUACAGAGGUAGAUCUACGUGCGUUAUUUGGCAAGCGUCUCACUGUACAAGCGGCUGGCUUGCGAAGUAGAAGUCCUGAAAAUAAAGCUGUGAUCGUUGCUGAAGUGGAGAAGAAUGUUUGGCCUGCAAUUGCAGAAGGAAAGGUUAAGCCUGUGGUAUACAAAUCAUUCCCUCUUUCUGAAGCUGCGGAAGCUCACCGGCUUAUGGAAAGCAGUCAGCAUAUUGGAAAGAUAUUGCUCGUGGCUUGAAAAACCAUGGUAAAUACUUGAUCAAUGUUUGCGACACAACAUACUUUUGAAUAAUUUGAGUUUGGACUUGUGUGUGUUCUAACCUUAAAUAAAUUUGUGGUUUACAAUUACAUCUAAAUACGUUAUUAAUUCUGUACUAGGGAUCAUAUUUUAACUUCUUUCUUCUCUUCAAACUCUCACUAGCUACUUGAAACUUUAAUGUUCUGGUAGAAAAUUGAGUGAGAGGAAAUGGAAGAAUGAAAAUGGGAAGUAGAAUUUCACAUAUUGUUUAGAUAUAUCAUAUAUGUUUAAACUAGGACGAAUAAAAAUGUCAUUUUCUUA